UGUCAAGGCGACGAAAAUCGCUUUUCCCAAAACUUUGAAAAAUGAAUUUUAUGUCGAUAAAAUGUGAAAAUAUGUGCAGAAAACUGCUUUCUUUUAAAAAUGAUGAAUGAAGUGUGAUGUUCUACAAUGAGUUCUUCAUCAGUAGUGCCAUGCCGAGAGGUUUUUGAUGAAAACAGCCAACCAUCAGCCGAGGAGAUAUCAGACUAUGCGCAGCAGCUGGGCAUAGACCUUGAGCAUGAGAGCCACCUGCUGCCGCUCGCCCGUGAUGGGCUCAUGCAGGCCCUGCCUCCGCCGUGGAAAGCUUAUUACGACGAGAAGAUCCAAGCCCACUACUACUACAACGAGGAGACGAAGUGCACUCAGUGGGAGCACCCGCUGGACCGCGUGUACCGCGAGCUCGUGCGGCGCUCCCGGGACGCUUCCGUGCAGGACGACACCUAUGUGUCUGUGCAGGAGCUGCUCACAUCGGAGGAGAACACCAAGCACCUGUCUCGCGUGGAGACCCGCGACAGUGAGGAGGAGGCUCUCAGCACUGACAGCGAGGAGCCCGAGCCGAGGCGACGGGUACUAGCAGUGCCGUGGAAGAUAGCCACCAAGCACCUGUCCCGCGUGGAGACCCGCGACAGUGAAGAAGAAGCUCUCAGCACUGACAGCGAGGAGCCCGAGCCCAGACGACGCGUACUUGCAGUGGCGUGGAAGGUAGCUACCAAGCACCUGUCCCGCGUGGAGACCCGAGACAGUGAGGAGGAAGCUCUCAGCACUGACAGCGAGGAGCCCGAGCCGAGGCGACGGGUACUUGCAGGUCGUCCACCACUAGCGCCUCUAUCUCGAACAGUGGACAAAAAGCUAUCCGACACUCGAAUAUCACCCUUACGUCGUAGCGUGGACAGUUCAUUCAAGGCCGGCACUAGUCGAGAGAAAGUCCAGGUGUUAGAACGGCCUAAGUUCUUCAAACAACAGUCCGAGAUCAUAGACCUGAAGUUGUUGAAUCAUGUGCUGAAUAGCCCUGAGGAAGAGAGUUUCAAUCUGUUUGGAAAGGGGGAGAGGGUGCUACAAAUGGGACUACCUUUGUCUGGUAAAGGCAGCCUAUUCCUAAAAGGCAAGAAGCCCGACCUGCCCAGCCCCGACACAGACAAGAGCCUGCCCCUAGACUCGGCUAAGAGCGACCCUCCCAAGGGGAUAUUGAGAGAGAAGAUCGAUGUGUACCACCGGAGAGUGGAGAGCCUGUCGCUCGGUCGACGGCGGCAGACUAUCAGCUUUGAAGAGGAUAGGAAGAGUGUUAGAUUCAAACUAGAGCACACAACAGUGGAGCCAACCAUCAGCCCCGGCUCCAACAGUUCCUCCGACCACAACGACAACCAAAGCUCAAUCAUAAGCGCCACACCCACCAACCUUUCUUACCCACCACACUCCAACCUUUCGUCCAACACUACAACCAACAUCCCUGCUUCAAGCCAUCCGUCCAAUGUCCCAACUAGUGUGCCAAUGAUUUCGUCCAAAGGGCCAAUAGUGUUGGCUCCGAUAGUGUCUCGGCCGCCGCUGCCACCAAGACCUCAGGGCUCGGUGGAAGUGUUGAGUCCGAGGGAAGCAGUGAAGAGUGUGCCUGGAGACAGUUUGGAAGGUUCAACCAACACGUCCCCGCGUCGCCGCGUCGUGCGCCCCCCAGCAGCCGACUACAUUAAGCAGGACCUCUUCCAGAAGAACUUCCACAAGAUAGCGGAUCUACUGAGACCUGGGGAUGUCGACCUGGGGAGGGGAGGGGAGGGAGAAGAGAUAGGGGAGAAAGAGGCUAGACCAAGAUCCCCAAUGAUACCGCAAGUAAACAAGAUAUCUAUCAACCUGAUGGAAAGCAUCGAAUCCGAAACUUCAAUCGAUUCUCCCGAUAGAGAAUUUGCCAAUUUAGACCUUAACGACAUGGAUGACUCAAAGGAUCUAUUGCCUGAUAAACCUAACGAAACCAAAGAUAAAGUUAGCCCGAAAGAAUCUCAAGAGAAAGAAAACUCAGAAAUCAAUUCACUCACGCACUCGUCUAGUCAAAUAAAAUCGCCAAAGCCAGUAGAAAUACCGCAAAUCAAUGUGCCGAAAUUCGACUUUCAUGUCAAGCCACUACUAAGGUCUUCAGAAUCAGAAGACUCAAAGAAAACCACACCGAGAGACGAAUCUAGAAAUAACUCCAGAUCUGAAAGCCUAGACCACAAAAACAUUGAACCAAAAGUUUUCAGUCCUACCAUUAAAAUAUCACCUAACCCUAGCAUAACUUCAGAAAUUCGUUCACCAAAAUUCGAUGCCAUAGAAAGACCUCCUUGGUCCACAUUCAAACCCGGUUUAAACAAAGCUGUCGUGUCACCACAAAUCAAAACUUCAGACUCUAAUACUAACAUAAACAAAGGGUUAUCUAGUCCUAGGUUAGACGGAGUGAUCAUAUCACAAGGGAAAAACCUGAAUCGAGGCACAGACAACGUAGUAGUAAUGUACCAAUUUGAGAAAGCGCAAGAAGAAAAUAGCUUCUCAAAACCGUUGAAGUCACCGGCAGAUGUAAUAGAACGUAAUAAGUUAGAUGAGAGACGAAGACUGGAUCUAGUUUUGCAGAAAGAGUUAGAAGAGAUAAGAGUAGAGAACGCUAUUAGGGAGAGAAAGAGUCGGGCGGAGUUGCUCGAAGAGAUGAGAGAGAAUGAGGAGAGGUUUAGAGAGGAGAAGAGAAUGAGACUGAUGGAGCAAGCUGAGAGACAUAGAAGAGAACUUGAAGAGGCCUUAACCGAAGGGGAACAAAAACACCAACAAAUUUUACGCCAAGCCGAGUUAGAGAGAGAAGAGAGACGCAAGAGAGAGAUAGAGAGAGCGGAGAGAGAACUGCAACAGAAGAUGACAGAGUUGAGAGAUGAACACGCGAGGACGCUGCUUGAGCAACAGAGAGAGUUGGAGCUGGACAACGAACGCGCCCUAUCCGACCUCCACAACCAGUUACAAGCGUUCUUCCAACAAGAGAAGUCCCGGCUAGCGGAGAGCCAUCGCGCCGCCGUACAGAGACUCCGACAACAACAGGAGAACACUCUCACCGAGUUGCGACACGACUACAGGGCUGAGGUGGACCGCCUCAGAGCGCAACACGCGUGUCACCUGGAAGAAGUUCGAAGACGCCGCGACCCCUCGCUGGAGCACAAGUACUCCACACUCAAGCAGAAGUACACCAGGCUGAAACAUGAUGUCAAGUCAUCGAUCGAGCGUCGCAACAAACGUCGAGAACUGAGUCUGGCCACCGGCUCCGAGACAGACAAGUCUUCACACAAGGCCAACACCUCGCUCGACAGAUGCAAAGAGCUAAACGCACAACCGGUGAGCUCGCCUACCCAGGUGACCGGCAGUGCGCCCGCACACAAUGACAACUCCGCAGCCUCCGACCCGAGGGCUAAUAAUAAUCCACCGGAUAAUUGUGGGCUCUUAACCCUCCUUAUAUACCAAACUAAUACCACCUCUAUUCCCUCCACACAGAGUGUAAUAUCCCCCGAGUCGUCCAACACGGAGGGCCGGCGGCGCGCCACGGUGGUGUUCAAGGAGCCCCCGCGAAGAAGCCGGGAGAGAGAGAAGGAGAGAGAGAAGCAGAGAGAGAAAGAGAGAGAGAAGGAGAAUACUAAUAGUAUUGUGACGACUGACUUCCAAGACUCCUCUGACGCGACUACGGCCGAUGAGAAACCAAGAGAUACCGCUAAUGGGCCGGGGCGCAGGCGUUGCUUCACGCGCCUCAAGUCCGCGUCCACGUCUCGCCUCAAUUACUCGCCCAAACGCAGCGACGGCUGGUCGAGUCCACUAGAGGCGCUGCGGCAACAACUCCGCAAACUGGAUGAUUUGGACGAUCAGUUCCCGGACUUAGGCAGCCAGCCGCCGUAUAGCUUGAGAUACCCGUUUGGGGAGUUUGACGGCAUAGCCGCAGCGGACGUGGCGGAGAUCGAGUUCGUUCGUCACCGCGCGCUCAUAGAAAGGGAGGGCAUGAGGCGCUGCCGGUCCGCGCUGCGCCGCCGCCGCCGCCUGCUGAGAGACACGGAAUCCCGCGACACGGCGGAGCUGGAGAUCGCCCUACACCGCGCCCGAGCGCUACUCGGCGAGCGCUCGCUGCGGCUGCGGCACAUCGAGCGAGCGCUGCGAGCGCUGCCCGGGGCUGAGCCCGCACAGGACAGUUGGAGUGGCUCGGACUCGGGCUCCGACGGUGGGCGCUCGCGGCCGCGGCGUGACGUCACCGACGUGUGGACCAGCAAAGGACCGUCUGAAGAGUCGAGUUCAUGCAACGCUGGCCCGAGCACGCCGCGCGCCGCCUCGCUCACUCCUCACGAGCCGCCUAAACGUCAGAACUCGGACAGCGUUGCCGAAAGAGCCCGAGGACUGCGCGCGUGGCUUAAAACUGCACCCUAAACCGACUGAGUAAGAACUAAAAUGCAAGCAACAACUAACAACACCUGGCUGGUAAGAAACAGAUGAAUAUGAUUUCUCAUGCAAAAAGUUUAGAUAAACAGUUUUGAAACUACUUAUUGGAGCCGAUGAUGGGAUGGGUAAAUUUAUACCUACCUACAAUUUUGUGAUUCCCUUGAGUUGUCUGUGGUGUGUUAUGUCAGAUGAGUUGAUUUUACUAAUUAAUUAACUACAAAUCCUAUUAUACAACACAAAAUUAUUACAAAAACGAAUAAAAAAUAAUUGAAAUUGCGUUAAGAAACAGUGACUUUUAGUAAAUCGCGUGUAGUUUUGUCGAUAACUUCCAUAUAUUGGGUCGACAUGACAAUAUGUAAAGGUUCUAUGUCGGUUAUUCUGACUGCAGAAGUGUAUUAGAUUACUCGCACUGAUAAAAGAGUAAUGUUGUAGGUAAGAGUAGCACAAAUGAAAAUACCGAUGCCUAAAUUGACGCACAAAGACAUAGUCAUUUCAAUGACAUGUCCAGUCAUUUUACAGUUGU